AUGAAAUAUUUGCCAGACACAUUUUUUUCAACACGGAAGCAAAAACCAAGUAAAACAAUAGAUCAAUUCCUCAAUGAACUUAAAAAUUUAUCUAAGGACUGUAAGUUCACUGCUGUUACUGCUGAGCAAUAUAAAUCUGAAAUGAUUCGUGAUGAGUUUAUAAAUGGCUUACUCUCCAAUAGUAUACGCCAACGUUUACUAGAAAAUAAAAUAUUAGACCUUUCAUCAGCCUUUGACCAAGCUAGAUCUUUAGGCGUGGCCAAAAAAAAUUCAAACUUAUACUCACAAUUGACUAUACCUACCUCUGCCUCUAUUCAGGAAAUCAAAUCACCUUUGCAAAAACAGUCCAUGACUGAUAAUCACUUAGCUGCUACAGCAAAAUCAAAACAAUUGUGCUGGUUUUGUGGAAACAUAAGACAUCCACGUACUAAAUGUCCUGCUCACGAAGCUAUCUGUCACAAAUGUAAAAAGAUUGGUCAUUUUGAAAAACUUUGCAGAUCAUCUAAUAUUUCUGCUGCUAUUCCUAAAAUUGAUGAUGAUUACUUCUGUGCCACCAUAUCAGCUUCAGCAGACUCUCUAUUCAGAGUUUGUCAUAACAUCAUUAUUAAUGAUAAGUAUAAAGCAGAAGCAUUAAUUGAUAGUGGGAGUACAAACAAAAGUUUUAUAAGCAACAAACUAGUGACUCUACUCAAUUUAAAUAUUAUUUAUGAACAGAGUGUAAUUGGAAUGGCAUCAGCUGCCUUAUCUGCAAAAUCAGAUGGAUAUUGUUAUGUCUCAAUAACUCUUCAAAACAAAAUCUAUAACAAAGUCAAGUUGCAUGUGCUGGAUAACUUAUGUGUAGAUGUUAUUCUUGGCACAGAUUUUCAAGAGUUGCAUGAAAGUAUUACUAUUAAGUAUGGUGGGAAAAGACCACCCAUAACAUUCGCUGUUUUAACAACAAUGAAAACUGAACCUCCUGAAUUAUUUGCUAAUUUCACGCAAGAUUGUCAACCGAUUGCCACUAGAUCUAGAAAUUAUUCUCAAAGAGAUAAAGAAUUUAUUAAAUCUGAAAUCCACCGCCUGACACAAGCAGCAAUAAUAGAGCCUAGUAAUUCACCUUGGCGUGCCCAGGUCUUAGUAGUAAAUGAAAAGACUAAACAUCGCAUGGUUGUUGAUUACUCUGAAACUUUUAAUAAGUAUACUCAAUUAGAUGCAUAUCCUCUACCUAAGAUUGAAACGAUUGUGAAUAUAAUUUCUAAAUACAAAAUUUAUAGUACUCUUGACCUUUGCUCAGCAUACUACCAAAUCCCUUUAUCAAAAAAAGAUUGA